CCAACUUUUUCAAACCUUAGCCUCUUUCCUGGAAGCUCCCUCCUUGACCAACAUCCUCCAUGACCCACCUCUAUAAAAAGGCUUCAUCAACUUGUUCAUUUUAUAUUCAACGAAUGCUGUGUGUUGUGAACCAUAGAGACAUUAUAAACACACAUCUCCACUUUUUGGUUUUGUUCUUGUUUGUGUUGUGUCUAGUACGUAGUAGCACAUUGACACCCCCAAUUGGACCAUGAAGAACAAAAGGGCAAGUAGAAGGGACAAAAAGGAGAUCAAAGUCACUUAUAUUUCGAGCCCCGUGAAGGUGAAGACUAGUGCCUCUAAUUUUAGGGCACUCGUGCAAGAACUCACUGGCCAAUACUCCAAUCUUGCUGAAACCUCCAUGCCCAUGGAAGACGAAAAUGAACACUUGGAGAGACUCGUUCACCGUAAAACUCGUCAAAGUGAGCCUCAACAAUGGAGGGUGGAUGACGGCACCAACUUCAUGAUCAGACCUGAGUAUAAUGAAUUUCUCUCGAGAUCCUUCAUGGAGCCAUUCAACCAACAACAACUUCAAUACGAUUUGAUGACUUUCGACAUGUCGUAGGUUUUGGUUGUUGUACCAUAUGCAUUGAUAUAUAAUAUAUAUAUGAACCUCUAUGUUUGAUUUUGAUCUUGGUUUAUGAUCUAUUGUUGAAUUAGUGAUUAUGUGAAUAGAAAUUAAAAGGGGUUCGUGUAUGUAUACGGAUUCUUAGUUGUAGUUAUUUAGAUUGUGGGAUGGAGAACGAUGAAUGAAUAAAUAAAUACACCAAUUUUUUAAAA